ACAUGGAAGCCGGAGAGGAGGUGCAGGCCGAGGACUUGGUCGUCGCCAAGAGGGAGUCCCCAGCACCCGAGCCCAUGGGGGAGCCCGAGCCUCCAAGCCCUUCCAGUAGAGACGCAGAGCCGCCUCCACCCCCACCCCCACAGCCACACCCCACACCCCCAGAAGGCCCCGGGGAAAUGGAGGGGCAGGAGACGGAGACCCAGCCAGAGGAGGCCUCGGACAGCACCUGGAGUGGACCAGACGAGUUGGAACCAGUACUGCAGGACAAUGGGCAGCAGAGUGUGCGGGCCCGGCAAGGCUUGGCUGCCGGCAUUUCCUGGGGCCCGUUCCCUGGCAGCGUCCACCAUGAAGCCUCGUCCCCCCAGCAGGGGCAACCGAGCCCACCCCUGACCCUGCAGCUGGAGGACGAGACCUGCUGGCUAAGGACACUGCCCCGGGCCAAGACGGAGGCCGAGGUCAACACACUCGUCUACAGGAAGGAUGGGGCACUCUGGUGCAAGAUCACCAGGCCUGUGCCGGCCGGUGGGCCGCUGACCGUGCACCUCUCAGCUGAGCCUCCCAGCGCCCCCAGCCCACUCAGGAAGAGGGAACCGGAGGAGGCCAAGGGCCAGGCCCCUGCCCCCACCCCCUCAGACAUCCAGCUCCUGCCUCAGCAGGCCGGCAUGGCGUCCAUCCUGGCCACAGCCGUGGUCAACAAGGACAUCUUCCCCUGCAAGGACUGCGGCAUCUGGUACCGCAGCGAACGCAACCUGCAGGCUCACCUGCUCUACUACUGUGCCAGCCGCCAGGGCGCCGGCUCCCCCGCUCCCGCCCCCGCCGAGGAGAAGCCCAAGGAAGCCUACCCCAACGAGAGAGUCUGCCCCUUCCCACAGUGCCGCAAGAGCUGCCCCAGCGCCAGCUCCCUGGAGAUCCACAUGCGCAGCCACAGCGGAGAACGCCCCUUUGUGUGCUUGAUCUGCCUGUCGGCCUUCACCACCAAGGCCAACUGCGAGCGGCACCUCAAGGUGCAUACCGACACCCUGAGCGGUGUGUGUCACAGCUGCGGCUUCAUCUCCACCACGAGGGACAUCCUCUGUAGCCACCUGGUGACCAGCCACAUGACCUGCCAGCCAGGCUGCAAGGGGGAGCCCUGCUCCCCAGGUGCAGGGUACCCCGCUGCCAAGGCCCCCGCUGAUGGCCUGGCCAGCUUCCCACAGCACCCGGCCUUACACGGCCCCCUCGCCCCCGCGGAUCUGACGCCCACCGGAUUCCCAGGCCUGGAGAGGAAGGAGGCCUUAAACGGAGAGGCCUGUGUGGCCACGCAGAACGGCGGUGAGCCCCCCGCAGUGGCCCCAAGGAUCAAGGUGGAGGCAGAGGAGGAGCCCGAGGCCGCGCCCACGCUGCCCAGGGCUCCCUCGCGCACGCCAUCGCCGCCGCGCAGCCCACCACCGGUGCAAGUCAAGGCCGAGCGCUCCAGCCCGUCGCCCGUCUGCAGCCCAGCGCCCGGGGACCUGGGCGCGCCGGCAGGGCCGCUCUUCCUGCCGCAGUUUGUGUUCGGCGCGGACGCCGGCCCGCAGGCCUCGGAGAUCCUGGCCAAGAUGUCCGAGCUGGUGCACAGCCGGCUGAAGCAGGGCCAGGGCGCCCCGGGGCUGUUCGCGGGCACGCCCACCCCCAAGGGUGCCACGUGCUUUGAGUGCGAGAUCACCUUCAACAACAUCAACAACUACUAUGUGCACAAGCGCCUCUACUGCUCCGGCCGCCACCUGGCCGAGGACGCGCCCGGCGCGCGCAGGGCCAAGGCCCACAGCCUGUCGCCGGGGCCACAGCCGCGCACACCCCCAGCGCACACGGACAAGGGCGCACAGGCCACAGGCAAGGGGCCCCUGGCGCCGGCGCCCAACAGCAACCAGCGGUACUGCCGCCUGUGCAACAUUAAGUUCAGCAGCCUGUCCACCUUCAUUGCCCACAAGAAGUAUUACUGCUCCUCCCACGCAGCUGAGCAUGUGAAGUAACAGGGCUGCCGCCCAGAGGGCUAGGACGCCCCCAGCGUUGCCCUCCAAACUCGGCAGCUGAGGACUGCUGGAGCACGCACACCUGGACCUUGGCACUUAAUAAAGACGUUCAGUUUGAUGAG